AUGACCGGCCCUGAUGGCGCUCCGGCGCCACCAAGGCCGCGUCUGAAGCUCAACCCCAGCCGGUCGUCGUCCUUCGCCAUGGACUCGAGUGCGACAUCCCUACCGUCGGCAGGAGCAGCAGCAGCAUCGCCAACCGUCGCGACCCCCCGCACCGAGAGCCAGCGCAAGGUGACGCUCAAGAUUCACUCCUCGCAGCCGCCGACGCCGCUGGAGCCCCCGCCGCCCACCAAGACCAAGGCCGGGCGGCAGCCGAAGCCGUCGCAGAAGGUGGUGGAGAACAAGAAGCGGCCGCUCGAGGACGACGAGGACGCGCCGCUGGCGGCGGCGCACCACCACCACCCCAAGAAGAAGCUCAACGUCCGCCCCGUCAUCAAGACGGGGGCCGGGGGCGCCAAGCAGCUCCUCAUCAAGCAGAAGGGGCGGCCGCCGGUGCACCCCCCGGGGGACGGGUACGACUCGGAGGCGAGCGACCGCGAGCGGGACCCCAACAUCGAGGAGCAGCUGGUGCUGCGCAUGCUGCCGGGGGAGCACGCCGACUACGUGCGGUGGUGCAUCGAGAACUCCAAGAUGGGCGUGUCCAAGAGCCAGGGCGGGGCGGACGUGCAGAUCAAGUUCUUCGAGGAGGACAGCCGGCGGGCGGUGGUGGUGGUCAAGGGCCAGCCGUACGCCGCCGUCAUGGUGGACCUGCCGACCAUCACGGAGGCGAUGAAGACCUGGGACAGGAAGUCGUUUAUGAAGUCGGCCGACAUAUGCCAGAUGCUCCUCGUGUUCCAGAGGGUCAAGAACGACGACGAGGCGAAGAAGGUGCCGCUGCCCAAGGUGCUCGACAACAACCCCCACUUCAAGUGGCCGCACGGCCUGACGCCGCCCAUGCACGACGCCGUGAACCGGAGGUUCGCCAAGACCAUCAGCCGCAAGGAGAUCGAGGACAAGGAGGCGGAGGUCGAGCGCCUGCUUGCCGACGACGCUAAGGCCGCGUCGACCAAGUGGGAGUGGGUCGACGACCGCCAGAACGAGGGCGAUGACGAGGAGGAAGAGGAGGAGGAGGAGGACGCCGAGGGCGAGUUGGACCAGAGCGGCUUCUUCGGCACGGACGCCGGGGACGACAUCGCCGACGUCGACCUGGAGGCCGAUCUGGAGGCUGCCUUUGCGGACGAGUUCAUGGCCGAGACGCCUGUUGCGGGUGUCACGGCGGAGACGCCCCUGACCAGCACGCAGGUCGGGACUCCGGAUGUCGUCAAGGACAGCGUGGAAUCCGAAGAGGAUGAAGAGGAAGAGGAUGACGACGACGACGACGAUGAUGACGAUGACGAUCUCGACGACGACGAGCGGGCUCAGCGGGAUGAGGAGCAGGGCAUCAAGGAUAUCAUUUCCGACAUGCAGAAGCAGCUCGCCCAGCGCCGCGCCGACUGGGAGAAGACAAACAACCAGAUUCUGCGGUCUCGUAUCGAGGCCCAGAUCAAGCAGCUCAAGUCUGAGAUUGAGCUCAAGAUGUCAUCUAUCAACAUGGAGAUGGAUGAUUAA